UUUAUAUUCAUACUAAUCACAAUUCCAAUUCCAGCUUGUUGCUGUUUCCUCACUAUUUUCGCUGAUCAACAUGACUCGACCUAGGUUGAACCUGAAUUAGUAGGGUUGAGUGAAGAAGUGUUAAAAAGGUUGCAUUCUCUUCCCAACGAAACAACAAUGCCUAGCCCCAUUCGAACACAAAAUUGUCACUUUGCUACGUCCGAAGGAAGAAGAUUAUAUCAGGAGGAUCAAGUAACAUGUGACGUUAAUCUUACGUUUCCUUUGUUAGGGAGUGACGGCCUUGAAGAUGUGAAGGUUGGCGCGGUGGCAGUCUUUGAUGGUCAUAUGGGAUGUGUUGCUAGUGAGAUGGCUGCUAAUGGGUUUUUGGAUAAGCUCAUGCUCAAGCACAAUAGCAGUAUUGAACAAUCUUCUAACGCCAAGGAAUUACUAAAAUCUUCAUUAGUAACAACCAUUCAUGAUAUUGAUGCAGAAUUCUCCGAGGUUGCUUUAGAAAAUAAUAUUUAUUCGGGGUCGACUGCAGUUGUUGCUCUCAUACAUGACAAUCAUGUUUUAGUUGCAAAUGUUGGUGAUUCAAAGGUUUUUCUUUGCUCUCAGAAAAAUAUAUCCCAUGAAGCCGAUGCUGCUUCUUUGGGUGGUCUUUUCGCCAAGGAGUUGACAAGAGAUCAUAAUGCACAUAGCUCGGAUGAGAGGGCUAGGAUUGAGGCUUCUGGAGGUGUAUUUACAUUCGUCCGUAAUUUUACUCCUCUCCUCAAUGGUCACUUUCCCAUGACUCGAGCUAUUGGCGAUGUUCCUUUGAAAAGAUAUGGCAUCAUAGCUGAUCCUGAGAUCACUGAUUGGCUAUCUUUAACAUCAAAGGACAAGUUUUUGGUGGUGUCAUCUGAUGGAAUACUUCAUAGGUCAACUCCUCAGCAAGUCUGUGAUUUUCUAAAUGAAGUAGAGGACCAUUCAGAUCCAUCAUUAUUGGCUCAACAACUCAUUCAGAAAGCAUAUUUUCAUCGCCGGCUUCAUUUUUACUGCUGGUAAUGGAGCUUGCUUCAUAUCAUAUGUGGGUUUUUUUUCAAACAUCAAAACUUUUUUAACAUAUUUUACUUUUUUUUUUUUUUUUUUCAUUUUAGCUGAGGAGCCAUGGGAGAAAGACUUCAUUGUAGACCGAAGGUUGGGAUCUGGGCAUUUCGGAGAAUUUCUUCAAUACUAGAGUUGUGUGGUCAGUUCGGUUUUUCAAAAGUCAUGAUUCUCCGAAAUGCCCAGAUCCCAACCUUCGGUCUACAAUGAAGUCUUUCUCCCAUGGCUCCUCAGCUAAAAUGAAAAAACAAAAAACAAAAAUCAGGUAAAAUAUGUUAAAAAAGUUUUGAUGUUUGAAAAAAAAAUGGAGCACAUAUAAUAUGAAGCAAGCUCCAUUACCGGUAGUAAAAAUGAAGCCGGCGAUGAAAAUAGCUGUCAAGAGAGCACAACCUAAGAUAACUUGGCUGGAAAACAGUGUUCGUGUGCUGUGAAACUAGGAAGGAACUAGUGACGAAAGGAAAUGAUUUUUUGGUUCAUGGGUAAUGAGGAGAAAAUGGCGAGCUUUGUGGGAUACUAGCUAGUGUUUAAAUAGAGCCUAUCUAGGGUACUCUUUCA